CAAUAUCAUCUUUGUUUUUUCCGUAAACAAGCAAAUAAAUUUCUCAACUUUUCUCUUCAAAAAUUAAAAUUUAAAAUUUAAAGUGCUUAAAAAACUUAUAGAAAAACAUCGCGCUGCAAUUCGCAGAAUGGCUUGGCGCUCAGUUGGUGCAGACAAUGCAGAUCUCAUUCGCAAAAUGAGGGAUUUUGGAAUAAUUGCAUCUGAAACUGUAGCACAGGCAAUGAUGAAGACAGAUAGAAAGUAUUAUUCCCCUCGAAACCCGUAUAUGGAUGCGCCGCAGUCGAUCGGAUAUGGUGUCACCAUUUCAGCUCCUCAUAUGCAUGCUUUCGCGUUGGAAUAUCUGCGUGAUCAUCUACAUCCUGGUGCUCGUGUUUUAGAUGUUGGCAGUGGUUCCGGUUACUUAACAGCUUGCUUUCUGCGAUAUAUUCAAGAAAAAGGAGAGGACCCUAAUACGAAAGUAGUAGGCAUAGAACAUCAGCCUGAACUCGUACAACAAAGUGUAAAAAACCUAAACACAGAUGAUCCAAAAAUGCUAGAGUCAGGAAGGUUGAUUAUUGUUGAGGGCGAUGGACGUAAAGGUGUUCCACAAUAUGCUCCCUAUGAUGCCAUUCAUGUCGGUGCAGCUGCUGCUAUAACGCCAAACGCACUCUUAGAGCAAUUGGCACUUGGAGGACGGUUAAUUGUUCCAGUUGGUCCAGAAGGUGGAGAACAGUAUAUGACUCAGUAUGAUAAGGACACCGACGGAAAAGUAAAAGAAACACGUCUUAUGGGUGUUAUGUAUGUGCCGCUAACAGACCUAAACCGAUCUUGACAAGUGUUAGCUUUAAAAAUAUGCAUCGGUUUGCUAAUUAUGGGAAUAAUCAUCUUUAAAAUAUGGACAAAGCUACCAAUCGAGGACAGAGCUUAAAUAUAGCAUAUCGCUAUCAGCAAGUAUUUUUGUUCAAUACAAUAUGAAAAGGCUUAGUUAUUGCAUGUAUCAAAAAUGUGAAAACAUCUUUACUUAAAUAAUAUAUUUAUUGUUAAUUCUGCUUGGAAUAUAA